AUGGAAAACCACACAACGGUGGCUGAGUUCACCUUGAUGGGGUUCGGAGGUCAUCCCGAACUGCAAGCCUUCCUCUCUGUCCUCUUCCUGGUUCUGUACACUGUCACCCUGGUGGGGAAUGUUGGCAUGAUCACCAUUAUCAGCGCUGACUCCAGGCUCCACACCCCCAUGUACUUCUUCCUGAAGAACCUGUCCUUCCUGGACCUCUGCUACUCCUCCGUCAUUGCCCCCAAAGCCCUGCUGUGCUUCUCAACGGGGCACAGAGCCAUCUCCUACAAUGGUUGUGCUGCCCAAAUGUUCUUCUUCUCUCUCUUUGGGACCACCGAGACAUUCAUCCUGGCUGUGAUGGCUUAUGACCGCUUUGCCGCCAUCUGCAACCCGCUGCGCUAUCCAGUCACAAUGUCUAAGAGGACUUGUGUUUGCCUGGUGGCAGGCUCCUAUCUCUCAGGUUUCCUGAACUGCAGCAUCCAGACAAGCUUUACAUUCACCUUGUCCUUCUGCGGGCCGGGGGAAAUCGAUCACUUCUUCUGUGAUGUCCCUGCAGUGAUGAAAGCCUCCUGCUCUGACACCUUUGCCAGUGAAAUGGCGAUGUUGGCCGUGUGCGGGUUCAUCAUAGUGAGCACUGGCCUGGUCAUCCUUAUUUCCUAUGGUUUCAUCAUCACCACUGUCAUGAGGAUACCCUCCGCUGAGGGAAGACACAGAGCCUUCUCCACUUGUGCCACCCACCUGGUAACUGUAAGUUUGUUCUAUGGAACAAUCUUCUUUAUGUAUGCCCAGCCUGGGGCCAUAUCCUCCCCAGGUCAAAGCAAAGUGGUCUCUGUGUUCUACACCAUUGUCAUCCCCAUGCUGAACCCUUUCAUCUACAGCCUGAGGAACAAGGAGGUGAAAGGGGCCCUGAGAAAACAACUAACAAAGAAAGGCUUUUUCCACUCAGCUCCCUGA